AUGGAGGCCGAGGUCGGAGCAGAGCUCUGUUUUCCACAGCUCCUCAACUCCUCCUGCAGGAAGCCCGCCCUCGCCUGGCCUGAAGCUCUGUUCCUCCACAUCAUGCUGUCCUCCAUCUCUGUGCUCACUGUGGCUCUCAACCUGCUCGUCAUCAUCUCCGUCUCUCACUUCAGGCAGCUCCACACUCCCACCAACAUCCUCCUCCUCUCUCUGGCUGUCUCAGACUUCCUCGUGGGCCUUCUGCUGAUGCCGGUGGAAAUCCUUCUGAAUACUUCAUGCUGGAUUUUUGGAGACUACAUAUGUUGCUUGUAUAGUUAUGUAUCCUUCAUCAUCACCUCUGCCUCAGUAGGAGACAUGGUUCUGAUAUCAGUGGACCGUUAUGUUGCUAUCUGUGACCCUCUGCAUUACAGCAGCAGGAUCACAGAGAGAAGAGUGAAACUCUGCGUCUGUCUGUGCUGGCUCUGCUCUGUUCUUUACUCCAGCGUCUUCUUAAAGGACGAAUUAAGUCAGCCAGGGAAACACAAUUCCUGCUAUGGAGAGUGUGUGAUUUUUGUAGACUUCAUUGCAGGCACGGUUGAUCUCGUUCUAACCUUUAUUGCUCCCAUUACUGCCAUCAUUGUUCUGUACAUGCAAGUCUUUGCUGUGGCUGUGUCUCAGGCUCGAGCCGUGCGCUCUCAGGUGACAUCCAUCACGCUCCAUCUUUCACUCCCUCUACCUGCAAAGAAGUCGGAGCUGAAAGCAGCCAGGACUCUGGGUGUUCUUGUAGUCGUGUUUCUCAUAUGUUUCUGCCCGUAUUACGGAUUGGCUCUUGCAGGGGACAGUGUGAUCAGUGAGUCCUUGUCAUCGUUUGUGGUCUUCCUGUUCUAUUUUAACUCGUGCAUCAACCCUCUGAUUUACGCCUUGUUCUACCCCUGGUUCAGGAAAGCUCUUAAACUAAUCGUUACUCUGCAGAUCCUGCAGCCGGGAUCCUGUGAGCCCAACAUCCUGUAG